GGAUUGUCGUUCAUUUCAUGCUAAUACAGUAAGACUAAUCUUUUCGUUAUAUAUACAGCUGUUUUUAUUGCUGUCAGACCAGUCGGUUUGGUCCUAUCUCAUUUUCUAUUCUGGUGAAAUUUGCUCAUUUGAUGAUCAGAGGCUUUACUAGCAACCAUCUGUCACCUGACAUUCACUGGUUCCUUUCGACAGUCUUCUAGAUCUCGUAAUUCAGCAGUUGUGGUCGUGGGAAGGCGUUUAUUUAUUUAUUUAUCUGUGGUUUCCCAACACACAGGAUGGAUUUUUCCAAACUGCCUAAGAUCCAAGAUGAGGACCGUGAGGGUCAGUUUGGAUAUGUGCAUGGAGUUUCAGGCCCAGUGGUGACGGCCUCUAGCAUGGCAGGUGCGGCUAUGUAUGAACUAGUGCGUGUUGGCCACUGUGAGCUGGUGGGAGAGAUUAUCCGAUUGGAGGGAGAUAUGGCAACCAUCCAGGUGUACGAGGAGACCUCUGGAGUUUCUGUCGGAGAUCCUGUGCUCCGUACUGGAAAGCCCCUCUCUGUGGAGCUGGGGCCCGGAAUCAUGGGCUCCAUCUUUGACGGUAUUCAGCGUCCCCUGAAAGACAUCAAUGACCUCACGAAGAGCAUCUACAUCCCCAGAGGGGUUAACAUUGGAGCUUUAAACAGGGACCUAAAGUGGGACUUUUCUCCUUUUCAGAACCUGAGGGUUGGAAGUCACAUUACAGGGGGUGAUAUCUAUGGAUUGGUGUAUGAGAACUCUCUCAUCAAGCACAAGAUCAUGCUGCCCCCCCGUAGCAGGGGAACAGUCACCUACCUCGCUCCGCCAGGAAAUUAUGACGUUUCUGAUGUGGUGCUGGAACUGGAGUUUGAAGGAGUAAAGGAGAAGUUCACCAUGGUGCAGGUGUGGCCUGUGCGACAGGUGAGGCCUGUUACUGAGAAGCUCCCUGCCAACCACCCCCUGCUGACUGGACAAAGAGUACUGGAUGCCCUCUUUCCUUGUGUCCAAGGAGGAACCACAGCCAUUCCAGGAGCCUUUGGCUGCGGUAAGACUGUCAUCUCUCAGUCUCUCUCCAAAUACUCCAACAGUGAUGUCAUCAUUUACGUUGGUUGCGGAGAGCGUGGAAACGAGAUGUCUGAAGUAUUAAGAGACUUUCCAGAGCUUACCAUGGAGGUGGAUGGGAAGGUGGAGAGCAUUAUGAAGAGAACAGCAUUGGUGGCCAACACCUCAAACAUGCCUGUGGCUGCCAGAGAAGCCUCCAUCUACACUGGUAUUACAUUGUCUGAGUACUUCAGAGACAUGGGCUAUAAUGUCAGUAUGAUGGCUGACUCCACCUCUCGAUGGGCUGAGGCUCUUAGGGAGAUCUCCGGACGAUUGGCUGAGAUGCCUGCUGAUAGUGGGUAUCCCGCAUACCUUGGAGCCCGUCUCGCAUCGUUCUAUGAGAGAGCAGGUCGAGUAAAGUGCCUGGGCAACCCAGAGAGAGAAGGCAGUGUCAGCAUUGUGGGAGCUGUGUCUCCCCCUGGUGGUGACUUCUCAGAUCCUGUGACUUCUGCCACUCUUGGUAUUGUGCAGGUGUUUUGGGGUCUAGAUAAGAAGCUCGCCCAGAGGAAACAUUUCCCUUCUGUUAACUGGCUUAUCAGUUACAGUAAAUAUACACGAGCGCUGGAUGAGUACUAUGACAAACACUUCGCAGAGUUUGUGCCGCUGCGUACCAAAGCCAAGGAGAUUCUGCAAGAGGAAGAGGACCUGGCUGAGAUUGUGCAACUUGUUGGAAAGGCAUCUCUGGCUGAGACGGAUAAAAUCACACUGGAGGUGGCCAAACUCAUUAAAGAUGACUUCCUGCAGCAGAACGGCUACACUCCCUAUGACAGGUUCUGUCCCUUCUAUAAGACAGUGGGAAUCCUGUCCAAUAUGAUAGCUUUUUAUGACCUGGCCCGGCAUGCUGUCGAAACCACAGCGCAGAGCGAUAACAAAAUCACCUGGUCGCAGAUCCGUGAACACAUGGGAGAAAUUCUUUAUCGGAUCAGCUCCAUGAAGUUUAAGGAUCCAGUCAAAGAGGGUGAAGCAAAGAUCAAAGCCGAGUAUGCUCAACUGCUGGAAGACAUGCAGAAUUCUUUCCGCACUCUCGAGGACUAAAAGCAACCUUUGACCUCACAUGUCUCCCACCUCUCUCCUCCCCUGUGCUGUGCAGUGCAUUUCCCAGUGCUCCCUUGUGCAUGUGUACCUCUCGUCUUGAUAUACACUAAAGCUGUUCAGCUGAUCUCAACGAAUGAAAGUCAGAGCCAGUAGCCAUCGCUAAUCUGAAUAUGGUCUUUAUAAAGCAUAAAAGGAGAGUGUUCUCACUCUAUAGCUACAACUGUUACUUGGUGUUUGAACUGUAAGAUUGUAUUUUAGCAUCUCAAGCAAAUGCCUCUGUGAUCUUUCUGUGCUGAGACCCACCACUUGAAGCACAAAAACAAAAUUCAUCUUCUCUUUUUCUCACCACCUUUCCCAUGAGUCCUUGUUGCAUGUGUUUGGAGCGCGGGGGAGCACAGUGUUUAUUCCCAUCUUCUUUUUUCUCUGUGACCAAUAGAAAUGUGUUAUACAAUAAUGGGAACAAUGGAAGUCAGAAAGGGAUCACUGAGGCUUCCCUUAUUUAUUUGAAUCUUGUUUUGUCUCACAAAUGUGAUUUCUGCUCUGUGUGCGUUCCUUUGACUGUUUAUCAUGUUCAUGUGAGUGAGUUUGUUUGAGUGUCUGAGUUGGAGUGUGCAUGGGUGUGUGGGUAGAUUAUCGUGGCUUCUGUAGUGGUACAUUUAUUGUGUGUGUUGUUGUGUGUUCAGUUCCAAAGAAUUAAACAAUUGAAAACUGUUUAAA